CAUAAAGACAUUCGACGCCUUAACAUAACUAUAGGAUAAUUGUUCAAAUUAAUAAGUAUUGACAGAUUGUAAAAAAUGAUUCGCUUAAUAAUUUUGACUCUUGGUAGUAUUCUAGUUAUAAGUGAGGCAUUGACGAACUUAGAUGAUGGGAGCUUACAAAAACUAGAUGUUGAAGUAAGACGAAAUAUUCUGCCAAUGAUUGCCACAAAAAUAAACCAGACAAUAGCUCACGAAAAGGCACUGGCAAAGGACUGUGAGAAUAAAAUAAAUGCUGCUGUACAGAGUUGUAAAUCCUGCCAAAGUAAUAUUUGCCAACCAACUGUUGUUGAUGAAAUAAAGCAUGUUGCUGAAAAUGUAGGACACUCUGUAGGAAGUGCUAUAAAACACAUCUUUGGAAAGCGUUCAAUUGCAGCUCUGACGAAGAGGUGUUCACAGUCAUGUCCCAUAUGUGACACGCUCGACAUCAAUAAACAUUCAAAGGAACAAACACUUAUUGCAGUUUGUGGAGCCUCCACAAUUUCAGCGCAGAAGAAUGAUAUCAACACAAUCAAAAGACUACGAGAAAGAUUUGAUGUAAUUCUUCACAACCAUCUUAUAACUCGAGUUGAGUACGAUACAACAUCUAUCAGAACUGAUGGUGGUGUGUCAUUUACAUUAAACUUUGUUACCUACAUGAUACAAGGACAUAACAACCGGUUCCAAUCUAGUACAGAAUUAAAGAUUACAGAUAUACCAACAACAGCUAAAAGCAUUGCUCGUCAAAUCUUCCCUAAAAUCUGAAGAGAAAUCUGGACAGUAAACAGCAAAAAUAAACAAAUAUAGAGAAAAAAUUAGUUAUACCUUUUGUUAUUUACAACCAACGAAGUCGAUGGGGAAUUCGAUUCAAC